AUGAUGAUGAGGAUCCACUUGUCCGAAAAAAUGAAGCAGUCGGAAGAGAUGCGCAAGGCAAUCUCCAAGACUGAAUUCAUGAAAUUCGAGGUGGAUGGUAGCAGUGUUCAGGAGUCGGCCGCCGAUCCCACGGGCCCAGCGCCCAUGGUGGGCCCGCCUGAGCCACCUCCGAAGGAGGAGAAGAAGGAGGAGGACCUCCGGCUGGAGGGCCGGGUCAACAAAUGGGACUCGGAGAAGGGCUUCGGCUUCAUCAUGCCCGCGGGCAAAGAGGAAGGCGGUGACAUGGGGAAAGGUCUGUUUGUGCACCGGAAGUUCAUCGUGGGAAGCACGCCCAGCAACCCGAUCAACCUCAAGGAGGGAGUGAAGGUGAGCUUCAAACAGGGGACUCAGGACAGCAAGCCUUGUGCCCUGGAAGUGCUCAUGCUUGGCGCCGAUGGGAAGCCUCUGCCGAUUCAUGCGGGUGCGCAGACCUUGGAGGAGAAGAAGAAGAGCUACCAUGUCUCUGCGGAGUCCUUGGGUCUUCGGGUGCACUGUGAGAGCUGGCCUGGCCUGAAGAAGACGCUGCAGGACCGCUAUGUCUUGGAUGAGCCGCUGGAGGAGCUUGGCGUCUACUUUGCUGUGCUGGAUGGACACGGCGGGACGCAGGUGGCCGAUAUGGCAAAGGAAAAGCUUCAGAAGAACGUCCUCCAGCAAAUGCGGCAGCGACAGGUGCAACCUGCAUCUCGCGAUGAGAAGAUCAAGAUGGCCAUCAAAGAGGCCUUCUUGCAAACGGACAAGGAGAUCCUUGGGCUGGCGGAGCGCAAGAAGUUUGAGCUUGUUGGCUCCACUUGUGUCUCAGUGAUCCUCCAUGGAAAUCCGAAGCUGGGCACGGCUUUGCGUCUGGUGGUGUCCAACCUAGGGGACUCCCGGGCGGUGCUUUGUCGUGCCGGCACAGCUGUGCCGGUCUCGGAGGACCACAAACCUACGCGAAUGGACGAGAAGAAGCGCAUCGAGCGCGUUGGGGGUCUUGUGUUGCAGGUGCGGGGCGCCUGGCGUGUGGCCACCUCCACAAACCCCAACUCCAUGAAUAAGGCCGCCAGGAGGGAAUACCAGGGCCUCGCAAUGACGAGAUCCUUUGGAGAUUUGCACUUCAAGCGGCCCAUUGGACUCGCCAUUGCUGAGCCCGAGGUCCAGGUGAUCUCCCUCUCCGACAAGGACCUUUUCAUCGUUCUGGGCACCGAUGGCGUCUUCGACGUGCUCAGCAAUCAGGAAGUGAUCGACUUGGCCAUGCGGCACUGGCGAGAGCCGGAGGAAGCUGCAAAGAACAUUGUGCGGUCUGCCUACAAGCGCGGCAGCGAGGACAACUUGACGGUGAUGGUGGUCCAAUUUGGCUGGGCUGACAAAAGUGCUGCCAAGUACCUGGGUGGCAAGACAGGCGGUGCUGGUGGAAGCAUGGAUGCAGGUGCCAUCCGCAAUGCGGCCAAGGCCGCAGAUGAUAUGGAUAUGUUCGGCUGA